GAGCUUGCCGUUCUUGCGAGUCGCUUCAGUCGUGUUUAGUCGCUUGUGUGUAAAAGAGGUGAUAAAGUUUUUUUGGUUGAAAUGUCGGAAGUUUUUAAAUUAGGUGAUUUAGUAUGGGCAAAAAUGAAGGGAUUCUCGCCGUGGCCUGGUCGGGUAUCGCUUCCCUCCAAGGAUUUAAAGAGACCAACAAAUCCGAAAAAAGGUCCAAUUCAGUGCAUUUUCUUCUUUGGAACAAAUAACUAUGCCUGGAUAGAGGAGGCGAAUAUCAAACCCUAUCAUGAAUUUAAAGAAACUUUGGUUAAAUCAAGUAAAACUGGUCAUUUUAAAGAAGCUGUGGGAGCAAUAGAGGAAUUUAUUGCCAAAGGAGAGAUUUUCGAAGAUGGAUUGGAUCCUGAUUCGUUAUUUGAUCGACUCAAAGAAGACACAGUUCCCGCUGAAAAGAAAACACCCAAGACUCCAAAACCCCGAAAGGAAACGCCAAAAGUAAAGAGAGUUGACAGUGCAGAAAUUCGUCGUCCCGCCAAGAGACAAAGACGAGAGUCAAGCACAAGCAAUAGCAUUCGAGUAGGAAGUCUUAGUCCAGCUUUAAAUCAUUCUGCAACAUCGAGAAAAUCAGGAUCAACAUUAUUGAACAGGCCAUCAAAUAUCGCCAGACCUGUGACUCCGCCAUUGGACGUGGAGACUCUUUCUCAAACGCUGAAGGAGAAGAACAUCAUGCCAUCAACGCUGAAAUUCGGAUUUCUGGGACUUGGAAUUAUGGGCAGUGGUAUAGUUAAAAAUUUAAUCAACAGUGGUCACAAGGUUAUUGUCUGGAACAGAACACAAGAAAAGUGCAUUGACUUUGUGAAGGCAGGAGCCGAUCAAGGAUUAACACCAUCCGAUGUGGUCUCAGCUGCGGAUAUCACUUUUUCAUGUGUUGCCGAUCCACAGGCAGCGAAAGAAAUGGUGUUUGGAAAUUGUGGCGUUUUAUCGGAAAUGGCACCGGAAAAGGGCUACGUGGAGAUGACGGGAAUCGAUGCGGAGACAUCCAAGGAUAUUGCCGAAGCGAUAAAUACAAAGGGAGGUCGAUAUUUGGAGGCACAAGUGCAAGGUAGUAAAACUCAGGCGCAAGAAGGUACACUGGUGAUUCUUGCUGCUGGCGAUCGAUCGCUGUUUGACGAAUGUCAAAGUUGCUUUGAGGCAAUGGGAAAAAAUAGUUUUUAUCUCGGAGAAGUUGGCAACGCGUCCAAAAUGAAUCUUGUUCUUCAACUCAUGGCGGGAGUUACUUUGGCGGGUCUCGCCGAAAGUAUGGCACUCGCCGAUCGUGCUGGACUCCAACAAAAGGACGUGCUUGAACUUCUUGAACUCACCUCAUUGGCUUGUCCAGCUAUUUUGGAAAAAGGAAAAGCAAUAAUCGAGGGCGGAUUUCCAACACAAUUGCCACUUCAGCAUAUGCAGAAAGAUUUACGAUUAUCAUUGGGCAUGAGUGAUCAACUUGAACAGCCAUUACCAUUGGCCGCUGCAGCAAACGAAGUCUAUAAACAUGCAAAACGCCUCGGUUAUGGUGAACACGACGCAUCAGCAGUGUAUAUUAGAGCCAGGUUCUAACGUGAUCGUUUAAUUGUUCCUGACUAAGUUUUUGAUGAAUCAUAUUUAUUGCAAUAUCUACAUUCGUCACCGUGUGCGAUAUCGAAUAAAACAAGAAAAGAAAAAAAAGAAUCAUUGACAUCUCGUCACAGGUGUGGUGGAAAAAGAAAAAAAUAAAAUAAACGUGAGAGAGGGUGAAGUGACGAAUAAUAAGAUCUAAUGCAUGUGUGCGUGCGCAUUUGUAAAGAUAAAAGAAAAAUAAUAUAAAAGGCCGUGUAUUGUUUUACAUCCCGAGAUAUUAUGCUCGAACUCGGGAAUCUUUUUUUUUCCACUCACGCGAAAUCAUUAUUGAUAUGACAAUAAAAUUCAGGCAAUGAACAAAUUUUUUUGACAAUUUUGUAAUUUUCAUAUAUUAAAAUGGAAAAACAAAAUUUACAAAUUGAUUGACAGUUUUUUUUUCUUAAAUGCAAAAAACAGUAAUUAUGCGACAUCAAGUUGUUAAUUGAUACAUUCUUGUGCAAUUUAGUGAAUUCAUCUUCUAAGAAGAUGUGAGUAAAUUAAUUUUUGAAAUUUUGUAUGCGACGAUACGAAUUUUUAAAAUGAUUUCACGACACUUUUAAUUUAAAAGGAAUUCAUUCCUUUUUUAUUUAAGUUCGUCAUCAAUUUUUUUUUUCAAUUAAAAGAUUGUAUGUGUGAUUUUUGUUUGAAUUCUGAAAAAUAAUGCUGAGAAAAAAAGUUAAUUCGAAAUGGACAUUAUUUUAACAUAAUUUUUUUUUUUUAAACAAUUGUGUUUGUUUUCAAUUAUAGCGUUUCGAAUAUUCUACAAGUAAUUUUUUUGUAUUUUCUUUCUCUUUUUUAAAUUCAAUUUCCAAAAAUUGUAAUUAUGCUUUUAUUUAAAUUUUUUUAGAAAUUUUAUAAUUAAUUCCCGUUCUAUUUCGAUUUUAUGAGCAAUGUCAGAAUUCAGUAAUAUGUUUCUUUAAACAAAAAGAGAUAUAUAUAUUAUAUAAAAUAGAUUGUGAACGAAUUGUUGAUUUAUAAUUAUGAGCAAGUAAUUAUUCAGUGUCAGCAUUGAAUGAAAUUCUUUUAUGAUACGAGAUUUACAUAUUCUCGGAGUCAUUUACUGUCUCGACCGAGUUUCUCAAGGAAUGUAAUUUACAUUUACUGUUUUUUUUUCUUUAUAUAAUACCGGAACGUAUAAUAAAACAACAGUCGAGCAAAUAUUGUUUGGAAAUAUACAAUACUGCCUAUUAUAUAUUUAAAAGAAAAAAAAGAAAUUAUACAUAAAAGAUAGGAUAAUUAUUAACACUUUAAACGCACGCACGCAGGCUAUCGGCUACGCGCCAUAUCAUAACUUGUCUUUAACUAAAUUAUAUGAUAUUGUCGCUGUUUAAUGAGAAAACAAAGUGUCGAAAAGUAAUCGACAUGCUGUACAUUAAAGAAUAACAGUGAUAAAAGAAAAUAAAAAAAAUGAUAGUGCGACAAAGUUACAAACUUCAGAUAAUCUUAUUAAAUCGUAUAAAUAUAGCUGUAAAACAUUAAGAGAAUGAAAAAAAAAUGGGAGAAAGCGAGGGAGAGAAAGAUUAUACAUAAAAAAAGCGUGUAUGCUGGUGAGAGCGUUACGUCUAUUGCAUCUGCAAUUCACGUUAUAUGUUUUGUCACAAGAAACAUUGGUUUUUGAAUAAAUAUCUAUUUGAAUUAAAAAAAAAAA